GUAUAACGUGUGCAGCCCCGACUCUGUCAGCUCCUGACAAAUCUGUGAGGAUGGAGAAGAUGUCGGGUGUCGACCUGCACAUGGAGACUUCAGAGGGAGGCCUGAAGGAGCUGGUGCUCAAGUGGUUCACCGAGACUCAGGCACUGCUCAUCCUGAACCCUAACGGAAACUUCCCCGACUGGUUUCAAGGCUUUGCUGCACGAAAGGACACGGAAGAUCUACUGAGAGAUAAAGCUCUGGGCUGUUUCCUCAUUCGCCUCAGUGACAAAGCCAUCGGCUACAUCCUGUCCUACAAGGGCCUCGACAGGUGUCGCCAUUUUGUCAUCACCCAGAAUCCAGAUGGACAGUUCGUCAUAUCAGGAGACUGUCAGACAUACGGCAGUCUCACAGAGCUGAUAGAGCAUUACAAAGUCAGCCCCAUCCAGCCCUUUGGAGAAUACCUGACCUCCAGUUGUUAUGAGGUAAACACAGGUGAGCUGUAUGAUGUGGUGAAUUACAACCCCAAACAAAAGCCUGGGGUGAGUGUCCAAGCUCUGCGGACUCUCUGGGACCAAAAACAUAAUCAUCACAGCAACCCUGGCAACAAUCAAAGGAUUCAGCAGCAAAAUGACUCUCCUGCAGCUCAGCCACCUGCACUGCCAGCUAAAUCCAAAAGCAGAAAGCUGACGGGAGCAGUGUCUGUAGACACAAUGUCCCUCUCACAGGUUGUUCCUCCAGUACCAAAGAGAGGCAUUCCUCUUGGCUUCUCCCUGAGUGGGUCUUUGCCCGACACAACAUCCCAUCCUAGUGAAACCCAGACCGACCCAAACAGAUCGCAGAGACUCAGAGGAAACACAAACCCAGCGCUAAUGUCUGACAGGGACUCAUUUAACACCACUGACACGAGCUAUCCAGGUGAUCUUUGUCCACCGGGGCUCACAUACUCGGAGCUGACACAGAUGGAGAGCAGAAGCAAAUCUCUUCCAAGACUCAACAACAGCAACAUGGAGGAAGAGGAGGAUGACGAGUACUCGAACCAGCUCGGUAGUCCCGCUUUCAAAACAUCUUAUUCACCCACUCCUCCGAAGAGGGUCACCUGUCACACCUACUCCCUCCACGACCCCAGAGACAGUCCGCGGCCGAGCAGCUCCAGGUCAGAACAGCAGGGUGGUGACGUGGAAAUGUUGAAGUCCAACCCGCUGUACCACACCUCGGAUGCACCUGGAGGGAGAUCAGCUCAGCUGGGAGACGGCAUGUAUGCUGAGGUUCCCCAGAUACCGACACCUGCUGGGAUGCCUGAUAACACCUAUGAGCAGAUCCCUGGGGAGGCUGUGGUCGUCCAGGGCAACAUGUACGAGUCGCUGGAGGAUGUGAAGACCAAGAAGCCAAAAUCAACCUGGGGGAAAAAUAAUAUGAAAUGGAAGAAUUUCCUUCCCGAUUACAAGAAGAAAUAAAAAGAACUCAGCGACUGUUUGUUAUUUGGUAAAUUGAGGCAGAAAUGAAAUGAGUAUUACAAAUAAAUCCCUUUUAUGAGUCCAUUUUA